AUUGUUACAGAUCCGCUUGGAAAAGAACAUAUUGGGUCCGAAUGGCCAUGGACCUGUGGAUUUUGGGCUAGUCAUUGCUAAAACCAAUAAAAUCAUUGGAGUAACCAAAGUAAAAGCAAAAGAUUUUAUGCAAGGAAUUGCACAAAAUUUAGUGCAGUGUGAAUCAGCUUUAUCAGAUGACAGUAAAGUUUUUGGAAUCAUUACAGAUUCCCAAAAAUGGUUCUUUUCAGAGUGUUCAUCUGGUAACAAAGGAAAAACACAGUUCAAAUUAUCCAAACCUGUAGUAGUUGUAUAUGGAGAUGAGGAUAUGGAAAGUAGGGUAGGAAAAGUUAUUGGAUAUAUUGCUUGGUUGCUUCAAGAGGCUCUAAAAUCAGAAGAAUUAAAAGAUACAUUCUUGUCUGUUAAUACAAAAAUACAAGAAGUUGAUUGUAUUUCUUCAACAACAUGA